AUGUCUUACGGCGGCGACAACAACGAUAACUACGGCUCUCGCCGCAAUGACGACAGCUUCGGCUCUGGUGGAAAUCAACAAUACGGUUCUGGAGGAGACUCAUUCGGCUCCGGAAACCAAUUCGGCUCCGGCAACCGUCGUAACGAUGAGAGCUCGUUUGGUACCAGUGGCCAGGGCGAGUUCGGCUCUGGAGGCAACUAUGGCAGCUCCGGCAAUGACUCGUUUGGGUCUGGAGGAAACACCUAUGGCUCCGGCGGCGGUGACACCUUCGGCUCUGGCGGCAAUGACACCUACGGAUCCCGUAACCAAGAGUCUUCUUUCGGUUCCGGCCGCCGCCAGGACGAUUCGUCGUAUGGCUCAUCAGAUACCUAUGGCCAAAGCCAAGGCCAAGGCACCGAGUCGUAUGGCUCAAGCAACCGCAACGAGUACGAGUCUUCGGGCCAGCAACGCUCUUCUGGCCACAAGGGUGAAGGCCUUUUCGAGAAGGUGAAGGACAAGGUGUCGCACAUGGGCAACCGUGGCGGCAACCAGGGCGGUGACAACUACUAA